AGUUUGGCCGACUCGCCCCGCGCUCGAUUGUCCUCCACCAUGUGGUGCUACGUCGCAAAGAACUCUCAAACACGCACCCCGCCUACCGCCCUCUCUCCCUCUGCAACCAUAGCAACUAGACUCGAUCUCAUCGCAGUCAUCUAGCCAGGAUGGUUUUGCAAGAUCUCGGACGCCGCAUCAAUGCCGCCGUCAACGACCUGACCCGCUCGGCCACGCUGGACGAAAAGGCCUUUGAUGGCAUGAUCAAGGAGAUCUGCAAUGCCUUGGUCGAAGCAGACGUCAACAUCAAGCUGGUCGCUGGUCUCAGAAACUCCAUCAAGAAGACAGUCAACUUCAAAGAACUCGCGCCUGGCGUCAACAAGAAGCGCAUCAUCCAGAAGGCUGUCUUUGACGAACUUGUCAAGCUCGUCGACCCCCACAACACGCCAUAUCAGCCCAAGAAAGGGAAAUCCAACGUCAUCAUGUUCGUUGGUCUCCAGGGUGCCGGUAAAACCACCACUUGUACCAAGCUAGCCCGUUGGUACCAAGCCAGAGGCUUCAAGACCGCCCUCGUCUGCGCCGACACCUUCCGCGCUGGUGCUUUCGAUCAGCUCAAGCAGAAUGCCACAAAAGCAAAGAUCCCCUACUAUGGUAGUCUGACUCAGACCGACCCCGUCAUCGUCGCCAGGGAAGGUGUCGACAAGUUCAAGAAGGAGAAGUUCGAGAUUAUCAUUGUCGAUACUUCGGGUCGUCACAGACAAGAGCAGGAUCUUUUCGAUGAGAUGGUUCAAAUCCAGAAGGCUGUUUCGCCUCACCAGACCAUCAUGGUUCUCGACUCUUCCAUCGGUCAGGCUGCCGAGGCCCAGUCCAGAGCCUUCAAGGAGACCGCUGACUACGGUGCCAUCAUCAUCACAAAGACCGAUGGUGCUGCCGCUGGUGGUGGUGCUAUCUCUGCCGUUGCUGCUACACACACUCCCAUCGUCUUCAUUGGUACCGGCGAACAUCUGCUGGAUCUCGAGAAGUUCAACCCCGAGUCUUUCGUCUCCAAGCUGUUAGGCAUGGGUGACAUGGCUGGUCUUGUGGAGCAUGUUCAAAGCUUGAAGCUUGACCAAAAGGACACCAUGAAACACAUCGCUGAGGGUCAGUUCACCAUCCGUGAUCUGCGCGACCAAUUCAACAACAUCAUGAAGAUGGGUCCCCUUUCUAAGAUGGCUGGCAUGAUCCCCGGACUCAGCGGUAUGAUGGGACAGAUGGACGAUGACGAAGGCAGCAUGAAGCUGAAGCGCAUGAUUUACAUCUGCGACUCCAUGACUGCGAAGGAGCUUGACUCUGAUGGCAAAAUCUUUGUUGACCAGCCGUCGCGUAUGACCCGUGUUGCCAAGGGCAGCGGUACUAGCGUUCGCGAGGUCGAGGAACUUUUGUCUCAGCAGAAGGUCAUGGGCGGCAUGGCCAAGAAGUUCAAGGGAGGCAUGCAGAACAUGCAGAAGUGGGGGGUAUGGACAUUGGCGCCAUGAUGCGCAGUAUGGGCAUGGGUGGAGCUGGCGGAGCUGGCCGUGGUGGCAGAAGAUGAGAUAUGACCCAUCUGAUCGCCUUCUGUUUUUCCCUGCAUAGCGUCGGCGUUGGUAGCAGACUACUUUGGAUCACCAGAGACAGAAUUCACAAACAGUGUGUCAUGGUACAGAUUUACUUAUGAGCUUAUUGCCGUCUCUAUAUCAUCAGACGGAUCGUCAAUCAUCUACUUCUCCUGUUCAAUGCAAAUCUCUUGAUUAUUGACAACUUGUGUAAUGGAAGCCAAAUCUACAGAGCAGAUCUGAUAGCCGACUUGAAGGGGAAUAUUUGGAUCUUGAAUCGAUGGUCAGCACAUGAGGUCGUCUAGCACAAU